AUGGAUCCUGUGAGCACUAUUGAGAGAGAUUUUAUUUUUAAUGCUGCGAAGGAGGGUAUUCGGGUAGAUGGUCGCAAUCUCACAGAGUUUCGGGAUAUCGCGAUUGACUUAUCUCGGACUGAUUCACAAUCAUCAUCAAUCGUAUCUAUUGGUGAUACAAAGGUGUGUGCUAUAACGAACUGUGAGAUCGUGUCUGGUUAUUCAGACCAUCCAAAUGAAGGACUGUUUACGAUUCAUGUGAACGUCACUCCCAUGGGAGGUCGUGAAUAUACAACGGAGUUAUCAGAUGAUGUCCGGUUUGAGCUUCAACGCGUUUUGGAGAGAAGUCUUAAAGACAACAACACUGUGGAUGUCGAGUCUCUCUGUAUUAUUCCUGGAGAAAAAGUAUUUUCCGUGCACUGCUACGUCAAUAUUAUCGACAAUAACGGUAACAUCUUCGACGCUGCCGUCCUCGCCGCAACAUCAUCUCUCUGCUACUUCCGUCGUCCCGACUACUCCAUCAACGGCACGCAGGUUCGUAUCUACGCUCCAAACGAGCAAGAACCAGUGCCUCUGUGCCUGCACUACCAGCCAAUCAGCAUUUCGUUCUGUUUGUUAGACAGCGAAUUAACGCUUUUGGAUCCAAACGAACGCGAGGAAGCUGUGAAAGAAGGAAUGAUUUCUCUCGUACUGAAUGCCUUCGGAGAGCUUUGCGGCGUGCAUUUCCUCGGCGGAAUUCCUGUGAGUGAGAGCUUGUUGCUUCGCUGUGGACAGAUCGCUUCGGCGAAGGCGAACGAUAUAUCCGCGAUUUUGAAGAAGGCGCUGGAGAAGAAUUCGGCGUGA